GGCACCUUUACCUUCACUUCCUGGUCCCAAGCCUCCCCUAAGAAGCUGCAAAGCCAGUGGGCCAGGCAGGAAUGCGGCAGGCAGGACUGGCACUCUUGGCUGUGGCUGUCUGCCUGGCUCUUCGGGGCACAAAAGCCGUACUUCCCUUAGCUUCCAGCUGCUGCACUGAAGUUUCACAGCAUAUUUCUAGAAGGCUUCUGGGAAGAGUGAAUUCAUGUCGCAUCCAGAGAGCUGAUGGAGACUGUGAUCUGUCCGCUGUCAUCCUUCAUAUCAGACGCAGGAGAGUGUGUGUCAGCCCGCACAACCACGUUCUUAAGCAGUGGAUGAAAGCGCAAGCAGCCAAGAAAAGAGGAAAAGGUGACAUUUGCCGUGAGAAGAAACACCCCAGCAGGAGGAACAGUAAAGGGACACAUCCGAAGGAGACAUGAAGGUGUCAUGCAAGUCCCUGCUGCGGCAUACUGGCAAGCUACAGACAUGAUCCAGGUGAACUCAGCCAUGGUUGGUGAUGACUUUGCUGUCUGAAUCUGCCUGUUGACAGGCAGCAGAGUUUUUAGUGAAAAAAAAGAAGUGAAGCACUUGUCUAACACGUGCAAGGCUCCAGUUCAAUCCCUAGCACCAAAACAAAACUAAUACAAAAACAUGUGCACAUGUGCACAGCAUACAAAUGCAGCCAAAAUACUCAACUAGAAAUGAAAUAUAAUACUCAUCUUCACAGAAUUUUCAGGAGGAUAAAAUAUAUAUAAUUUCUCUAAUUUUUUAUUAUGAAAUUUUCCACACAAUCUUUUCACUAAACCAUUGAACAGAGGUUGAAAACAUCAUGGUAUUUGUCUUAGUCUGUUUUCUGUUACAAAAACAAAAUACCUGAUACCAGGUAACUUAUAAGGAGUACAAGUUUAUUUGGCUAAGGGUUCUUGAGAUUGGGAAUUCCAAGAACAUGGUACUAGAAUCUGGUUGGCAUUUGGUAAGGAUUUUCUUGCUGUAAUCAACAUGGUGAAGGGCAUAAUGUGGCAAUGUGUAAACUGAGAUCUUCUCUUUCUUAUAAAGUCACAAUUGCCAUCAUAGGAAAACUACACUCACUAUCCUAAUUAACCUCAAUUACCUCAAAAUACCACCAUAUUAAUCUGAAGAUUAAGUUUCGGAUAAUCAUCCAAACCAUAGCAACCUUUCAUCCCUAAUUUCUUCUUAGUGUUGUAACUUGGCAUCCUCCAAGAGUAAACAAACACAUUUUCCUGCAUUAUCACUUUUACAAUGAUAUUGACAAUUUCAUCUAUUCCACAUUUAAGUUUCUUUGAAUGUUUCCAGAUAAUUUUGUUGAGUGCUUUCAAUCUAGAUUCACCACUUCCAUUAAUUUUUAUGUGGCUUUAGUAGUUGUUAAUCUGAGAAAGUCUCGUCCUCCCAGCUCCUUUACCCCUUCCCUUCCUUCCUCCUGUUCUUCCUUUUCCCUUCUCUCUCUCUCUUCCUCCCUCACUUCCUUCUUUUCCUUCCUUCAGGGCAGACUUUGUUUUUAGGUUGAUUUUCACUCUAGCCCAGGUUAACCUGGAACGUUAUAGCUCCAGGUUGGCCUCAAACCCACAAUGAUCUCAGCCUCCUGAAUGCCGGAACUAUAGGCAUGCCCAGCCAGCUUAGACCUUUAAAAGAGAAAAGGUUAGGAUAUUUUUCCUAUUACAAAUUUGUCUGAUUAGGUUCUCAUGAUCAGGGUCAGGCUUUUCCGUUUCUUUGCUUUCUAUGAGAAUUUGAAUAUUUCUUGUGUUAUUUACAGUACACGAACAUUAGCAUUUAAUUUCCCAAAUAGAAAAGUCUAAGGUGAGUAGUAAUGCAAACAUAUAGUUUGAACAGUUAGUAUCACAUGUAAGUACAAUGAUUGAGAUGGGGAGGUAAUAUGAUGGAGAAUGGAAUU